CCGAGCUCUGUGACAACGGGAAUGGCCGCGGGGCACACGAGCAGUCACAACACGCGAGACAAAAGAGAUUCGGGCCUCUCUCGCGCAUUGGGCAAAAACAGUCAUGGAAACACAACACAUCAGCGACGUGCCCUUGUAUGACGACGACGAGGAGGUGUGAAAGGAGUAAUCAGGGGAGAGGCAGGUUUGGGGGUGAAGUCCAAGUUCGGUCCGGGAGAAGAUCGAAGCUGUGUCGACUUCCAACUGUCUCCCCUCCGGAUUCUUUCAUGGCCUGGCUGGAGUUGCGCCAGCUUGUAGAAUCUGGGGGUCAUGGCCGACCCGCAGCUUCUCGACAAAAUCCACGGCCUUGGCGACCUCGAGCUGGCCGUCCUCCUCUGCCUCAUAGCUCGCGAGCACUGCCUGAUCAGCACCGAGUUCGAUAGCGUCGACGACCUCGCCGAGGAAUUACGCUUGGUGGCCUCUAAGACCUUCAACCUCAGCUCCGCGAUCGUCAGCUGCCACACCCAUACGACGCUCGAAGAGUUUGCGACAGGGCUGUUUGUCCAACCAGCUCGAGUCCCCCCGUCGCCAGGCAACACUCGCUCCGUCUCUCCGUACCGGCCGCGCAAUGAAGCGUCGCAAUUGUCGACCGGGGGCGCCUCCUCGCCCGGGUCCUACGUCCCGAUGAAUCCGUCCCCACGCAUCGGCGGCCACAUGACGCCACUCUCACCGCCAGCCGGUGGAAGCAGCUCCAGCAUUGCACAAGCCCGAAUCGCAAACGUUGUCCUCGCCAAAGACCUCGACAGUGCCCCGCGAGCCGUUCAAAUACAAGCCCUCGAACUCCUCCGCACGCGCCGGAUAUUUACCCGAACCAGCGUCCAAACUGCUCCGAAGCAGUUCCUUUUCAUCGCAUUAGUCGGCGCCAACAGCGGUGGCCAGGCUCGGGUCAACCCCCACCUGAACGAUUUCUUCUAUCUUAGCCAUUGGCACGAUCCGGCGGAGGACGGAUUCCCCUACCUCGACGAAGAGUUUAGCCCCAAAUCGGGCGAUCAGGGUGACGACCCCGACGAGGCCGCUUCCACAAUAUCCAGCAGCAGCGUGGUCAAAACACCCGUCUUCACCGAACACGAAAUCUCCCACCUCUCCGAACUCUCCCGCACAGCACACACCUCCAUAUCCGUCACGCGCUACCAGGCCAAUCUCGUCGCCUUCCUGCGCACCCACCGCGCCGUCGCCCCCGGCAGCGGCGUCACGCCCGCCGCCACGCGCCACCUCGCGCAGCUCGCCAGGUCGCUCGCGCCGCUGCACGGGCUCGACUACGUCACGCCGUCGCUGGUGGCGCUGGCGCUGCGCAAGGUGUAUCUGCACCGCCUCAACCUGGUCAUGGCGGCCGGCCGGCCCGAGAGGGAGCGGAGCGUGCAGUGGGGGAGCGACGUGCCGACGGUGAGGGGAAUGCUCGAGGGGUGGACGGUUGAAGACGUGUUGGAGGAUGUCUUGGAAAGCGUGCAGGUCUCUACGUAAAGAAAUGAGGGAAAGAAAAUAAAAUUGCGCGCCGGUCUAAAUCAUCCAGGCACGAACAUGGGCGAUGUCCAGAACAUGGAGGGAAAAAAAAAAGGGGACAAAAAAGAAGGUGGAACGAGGACGACCCUAGAUGUCCCAAGGAACAAGGUUAUGACAAUGGGGAUACCCAAGCAGCAAUGUGACCGGAUAAGCAUAG